CGACGCUUCGAUGUCUUGUGAUGUAAACCAUGGUGAAUGGUUUGCAGUCUGACGUGUUACAGUCUCACACGACCAGAAUGGCUCUGAAUGGCCGAGCUCUGCUGGAGGAGGCCACCACGACUUGGAACUAGCGCGUAUGGCUUACUUGUGUGUGUCUGCUUAGGUAAGCAGGUACCUCGGUAUGAGAAGUAGGAUGCGCUUGUCAAGAUAGUUCGUUGCCAUAGGCGAUCUGCACUUUCUUCAAUGCGGACGCUUUUAUGUCCAAGAAGGGAAAUACACAUACCUCGGAGAUUGAAAUUUUUAUCGCAUACACACAGUAACUUCGAAAAUUGCUAACACCAAGAGCUUUCGUAGUCUGUCCAUUACCUCAUCGUUGGUACUUAUCCUUGAGAAAGUUGCUGAAGUACAACGACGAUCUGUGGUUGAUGCAACUAACAGCUUUGGAGGAUUUUGACGGUUGACCAAAGGCGUAAUCAUGACCCAAGCUUCGCCCAUUUCUAUCUCCGUUGUCGCUGGGCAGACAUUCCUAUUGUUCAACAUUGAUGACAUCAAAUAUGUAAGGCAAUUGGGUAUUGUGGGAUCACUAGUUGGUACACUGCCUGCUGCUCCACAGCAGAACCUGUUCUUGGGCGUGCCGUUACAAUUGAUGGCCGAGGAGGCACUAUGGCUGGUGGAACAUGGCUAUGCAAAGUUGAUACCCGAUGACCGCUUCAUUAGAGACAUAUAUGACCAUCUCUCAGAUAGUGACAUCAUGUUAAUCGAGCGUGAGUUGGAACAGACGAGGCAGAAGGAGAGGAGUUGGAAGAUUCAGGAACAUCAAGCUAAGCUGGAUAGACUCGGAGUCACGAAAAGAGGUGGCAGUAACGAUAAGGAACUAAUUGAACAAGGUUUAACUGUUGUUGUGAAUAACACCCCUUCAAGGUUACCAAGCUAUGUAUUCUUCAAAAGGUUGUAUGAAGAGUCAGACAUUUUACAGAAGAACCUCUUGUCUGGUUUACGGAAAGAUACCCUCUCCUAUAGAGUAUUCUCGUAUUUGAAAUCAACAGGCUACUACAUGGCACCAGGCCUAAGGUUUGGUGGUCGGUAUAUCGCAUAUCCAGGAGAUCCACUAAGGUUCCAUGCCCAUCUUAUAGUGAAUUGUGUUGGAUGGAACGAAGACAUCGGCCUGGUUAAUAUGGUUGGAGGUGGUAGAUUGGCAACAGGUGUGAAGAAACUAUGGGUAAUUGGAAGUCAAGAUCCAGAUAAAGAUCAGAACGUACAAUGUUUUUCUGUUGAAUGGGCAGGAUUUGGGUAAAUUUCGUCUAUUUAAGAAUUUUUGCACUCAAUUCAUCGUCUAAUGAUUUCGUUUCCAAGUAUUCGUCUUUCUUUGACUUUAUAGUCUUUGCAAAUACACUGUACACAGUGUUGAACUCGCCUAAACUCUUGAAAACAGGUAAUAGAUCACAAAAGUCAUCCACUUUUUGUAACAACUCCUUGUCCACUUGGAACUCAUCCUCAGUCUUUAGUCUGUUCUUGAGUUGUUCAACAAUUGUUUCAGACAGGACAUUCAACGAUUCCUGUAACUCUGAUGGCGUUAUUUGAAUAGUCAAUUCAUCAUUGCUUUUCGAGCCAGUAGGUGCAACACGAGAUUUCUUAGUGUUUGACUUGCUUUCAUCGUAAG